UAGACAUAGCCAUAUGCUUGAACAGACAUGCUUCUCUCUUGCCCACAAGUUGAAGCAGCUAAGUUCCAGCAGUUACCAGAUAAUCUUUGCUCAGAAACAGCAAGGACAGACCCUUAUACUACUGAUAAAAAUAUUGAGCAAGAUGAUCUUUCAUUUAAAGAAGUAACCUGGAGACAGUCAAAGGAAGCUACCAUCAGUUUAGAAAAGACUGGUCAAAACAAUCUGAUUCAAAACUGAAAGAAUCAAGUCCUUCUGCUGCAGUUGACAGGGACCCAUUAGAAUGGCAGGCGUGGCAGGCUUAGGAGCAAAGCCUUCCUAAGGACUAAAAAUGUGUCAAACCCCCAGCAGCUGAGGAAGAAAAAUCAUCUGAAAUGAUACUCAAGGUUUCAUUAAGAAACAAGAAGUUUGUGGCAACGGAGUAACACACAUAAGCUCUAACAGAAGGAGGGAGAAACAACCCACCCCAGAUAUCUAUCUAAGAGGCUAAAAGGGCAGCCAAAUUCUGAAGUGUGGUUAGGAAGUUGCAACAGGAAAUGCAGAAGUGUUCAAACAAUAGCAGUUAAGAACAUGAUGAAAAUCAAGUUCACUUUAUACUGCAAGAGAAGUCUGAGAAAGCAGAAGUAAUUACAAGGUCCAAAACCAGGCCAGGAAUAUGCCACACACUUGUUUCUGGUACAGAAUACACCUCCAUAUCAUGCCAUGGGAAAAAGAGUAUACAGACACAUAAACCCAAUGCUGCACCCUCUGGAUUUAUCAGGCUCCACAUGGAGUUGUUUUUGUAUUUAACAACUAAGUAGUAUCCAAAUAUCAGUACAGUUUCAAUUUAAUUUAAUUGGUUGGGAAACAGACUGGCUGUUGCAGAUGGAAAAGCUUUAGAGAAUACAACUAAUUGUUCAUAUAUAUAUAAAAUAUUUAACAAAGGGAGGGUCUAUGCAUCCAAGUGGGAUAAAGAAGGAAGAUGCAUCCAAGUGGGAGAAAGAAGGAUAAUGCCAAGAGAGACCUGUCUAUUCUCACUAGAUGCAUUCAAUGCUAUAAAUAUAUGGGAAAAGGAAUAGUGGAAAGAGUAGAGAAGUCAGAGGGGGAAGAAAUCUCUAAAGUAAUGCAGCACAUUAAUAUUUAUAGCAGGUAAGUAUAAGCGAAAUUAAUCUGUGUUGCUAAGUAAACAUACCUUAGGAGAGAGAUGGGAAUGAAAGACAGAAAAAAAAAAAAAAAAAGAGGUAAGUGUUCUGACAGCUAAAAUGCCACUUGGGCAGGCAGGACCUGUCAAGUAGCUGAUCUAGUUUCAGAAGAGGUUACCUAACACAACAAGAAAUAUUUUCAGAGUAGCUGGCUUUUUCAUUCCCCCCUACUGAGGAUGGAAGCAACUGGGAUUUCAACUAUUCUCUUCCUCCAAACAUUUGCAAACCCGGCAUAACAGCAGUGUGAUAAUGCAUGAGGUUUUCUAAGGAUAAAUGCUAAGUUAGAACUAAGCAUACAGAACUGAAAGCAAAGCUAUUUUCAUUCUCAUCCUUGACUACAUGAGAAACAGCACACAGGGGGUAGGCAGCAGCUUAAGGGGUUAACAUGCAGGGGUUUAUAAUAGAGAAGUACAAAUAACAAACAAAACAACAGCCUGCCCCGAGUUUAAAGAGCAUGGAAAGGCAGAAGCCUUCAGAGGCACCUGCCCAACCCCGGGCAGCGAUGGGAACAUCUGUCCUGCUGCACAUCUCACUCAGGGAUUUGGAAUCUGGCCGUUCUCCUGGGCUUGACACAGCCUACUGAAGAUUACAUGCACUGUUCUAAAAAAAGGGGGAGAAAACCACCUUAGCUGCCCGCAAAGGCAGAGCUGGGCACCGGGGAUACCCAGAGGCUGCUGUCAGAUGAGAUCAGCUGAGCACGGCCGGAGACCCAACCACGUCAGGUCGCUUCCACACACGUUUCCCGCCUCUCCCACCGCAUACAAUGAACACAGAAUAAACCGGGCGGAUUUAUGGAGACAGCCCCGCGCCGCCCCAUCCUUCACAGAGGGGCUGGGUAUGACCGGGACCCUGCGAUACCAUGAGGGCCGGGAGGGAGCAGCCCUGCCCCAGCCCGGGCCUGCUGAGGGGCACCGGGACCCCCGCCCGUCCCCCCGGCUGUCAGCAGGCCACAGCCCAGGGGUGUGCGAGCCCCGUUCCCGGGCACCGCGGGCCCGCAUCGCCCCCGGCCCGGGCACCGGCGGUACCGGCGGUACCGGGGCUGAGGCGGAGGGGGCGUGGCGCAUGCGCAGCGCCACGCGCCGGACCCCAACGGCCGCCGAGCCCCGAGCUGCCCUCAGCGCCCGCCGGGACUCACCGAGGCGCAAGGGCUGGAGGUGGCGCUGGGGUUUCAGCCUGGUGUCACCGAAUUCAUGGGAAGGAGGUAAUUUGGAUCAAGAGUCUACAAAAUUCAUGAGAAGGAGGCUAUCCCAUGAAAUGGAGACUAAUAGAGGGCAGGGCACCUUGCAGCUGCUCCAAUGAAAAAUACCAUAGAUAAAGUCACAGUUCAGUUUUCCUGCAGUCAUGUGAUGCCAUGUUCUAAGUUCAGUACAGAAGAGCCUGUUGGGCUGUGCCAAAGCCAAAAGAACCUACAGCAAUUCUGGUCGUGGAAAGACAUAGCAACCUUUGGGAUUAUUGCUUAGCAACUGCAAACACACAGAGGAGUAAAACUCACAGCCCAGCUCCACAGCAGGUCUGAGAAAUCCCUAACUCAUAUCAAGAUUUUUAAUGGUUGAGAACAGAUGGGCAUAUAUUAAAUUCCUGUUGAUUUGCAAAGCCACUUUGAAUGCAGGAGGAAUAAGAUCUAUUUUGAUACCUGCUCCAAAGUGAUUGAGGUAUGGCUGCACAGCCAGAAGAAUCAGAUCCUGAACCUGGGCAUAAGGACAGGACUGCAACAGAGGUGGAAAGCAAUCAGGGGGGUGAUGAACUGCCAUGUCCUAGUAAUUACACUUCGUGGAAGGAGUGUUUUCAUGAACAGGUGCAACAAAGGUGUCUGAGUCUGCAAGAGACAAAGAUGAGGUUGGUUCAAGCACAAAAGGCAGAAGAAGCAAAGGUGAGGAGGAGAGAACCUGGGGACUGGCUGGCCAGAGAGUGGUACAAUGAGGAGAAGGAGACACUUGAUACUCGCAUCAAUUUGCUCGACAGCUUCCUCCCUACAUUAAUCCCAGGAGUAGAAAAUUUGUUAAUGGAAGUGGAAAGAAACCAUGUGCUUGUAUCAGACCAAGAACCAACCAGAUUUAACCCCAUUAAUUAUCUUGGAGAAUACCUGAUGAGGCAUAACCCUCAGUAUAAAGUUCCUACAAAACCAGGCCCAUACCUGAGAGAAAUGAAGGCAGUCUCGGAGGAGCUCAAAUCUUUGAGGCAAGGUGCAACAUCACGGAGGCUGAUCCAGAUGAGGGCUGAGGCAAAGAGCAAACGAGAGGAAAGGGAGGAGAUGGAAAGACAGAAGGCUGAGGAGAUAGCAAGGAGAAAGGAGGUGUUGGCAGCUCUAUUCAAGGAAUGGACUGUGGAUGGCAAUUACAGAAUCCCAGCAGCACUGGUUCAGAGUACCAUCAGGUUUUUUCCAGAUGUCACUGAUUCUAUUCCUGAAGAUAUGAGAAAAGCAACCCAUGACAGGAAGCUGAAAAUCUUACACACAUUGGAAAAAACAGUAAAGCUAGAUGAGUUCACAAAGCUUGUUGUUUCCUACAUUGAACAUGUUUCAAGUGACAAGUUCCAAGAAAUCAUGGAAUAUCUCCAUAAAUGUGCUGAGGACUUCCAAGAAGCAACAAAACAUGAUGCACAGAGGCAAAUUUUUACUGUCCUCUUCCAAACUUGUGAUUAUAGAAAGGUUGGUGUUUUGGAUAGACAAAAGAUACUGGCCCUGCUGAGAGACUUCUACGACAGAAGCUUCGUGAUUGAUGAGUGGGAAUUUUGGAACCCCAGAGAAUGGCCAAUAAUUGAGCUACAAGAUAUUCAUCUUAUGAAUUUCUGGGGAAGCCUUGGUGACAAGGAAGUUUAUGAGGAACUCAGUGAAAAUUUGGUCUUGUCUCAAACAGAAAUUUCUAAAGGAGAGAUUUUAGGACAUGAACUUAUAGAUGAUGAUAGGCAAGGGACUGACAGAAUGAGCACCAGUGUUACAGAGGGAAUUGUUGAAGCUACUGAUUUGGAUGGAGAUACCAUCCAGAGUGAGAAACCCAGCUCCCCUGAAGACACCAAAACUGAGAGGGAAGCUGAGCCUGAAACUGUAGACAGACAGGAUGAAGCUCUCCCAGGAUCAGCCUCUGCUGAGAGCAGUCUCGGUACAGAUGGAGAACCUGGAACAGGAAAAUCAGAGGAAUCCAUUCUGGGUAGAGAGCCUGAGAUAGAAACAAAACCAGAAGGAGAUCACACCUCAGCCACAGAACCUGGAUCAGGAAAAUCAGAGGAAUCCAUUCUGGGUAGAGAGCCUGAGAUGGAAACAAAACCAGAAGGAGAUCAUACCUCAGCCACAGAACCUGGAUCAGAAGGGCAAGUUGACCAAGAGGACAGUGGAGUUACAGAGACAGCACCUGAAGCUACAAGCACAGCCUCAGGAGACAGAGCCGUGACAGACACGGAUGUCACUGAUUCCCAACAGGACACUCCAGCUGCAGAGGCUGUGAAAGAAACCCCUGCAAGCAACCAGAGCCAGUCUGACCAAGAGAGAAGCUCAGAGACAAGAGUGCAGGGUGAGGACCUUCUGCCCAGCCAGGGUAAAGACUCAGGUCCCAGCAUGGCAGAGAUUCAGAAACGUCAGGAUUCUUGUACUAAGAGUUCCUUUGCUGCAAGCUGCCUCACCCUACCACAGUUUGUACAGCUCAUGGACAAUUUUGUUGGUGAAGAUAUUUCUCUGCCUAUUGUGAAGAGGCUUACUGCAUUUAUCAAACAAGAAUACAAACAGACAGAAGAGGAAAGAAAGAAACAACUAGAAAAAGUCCAACACAUGUCUCACAUGGCCCAAAGGAAACAGCUCUUGGAGACACUUUUUGAAAAGUGGGACAGCAGUGCAUGUGGGUCUCUAGAACUGGAAGAGGUGAUUGCUGUUCUGAGACCAUUCAAGGGAAUGGGAGAAGAGGCCUUGAUGAAGGCAAAGGAACAGCUUUGCUCCCAAUACCCUGAGCUCUGUAGAAUGGAGAAGCUAUCCCCAAAGGCAUUCCAGACUUUCCUUGAAUUAAUUGCUUCCAAGUUCCCUGGCAAUGAGGAUGAAACUAUUGAUAACUUGAUCAGAUUCCUGACCACAAGUGUGGAACGAAGUGUGGAACAAAGUCACACCAAGAGCUUGCAAAGCUCAGCCAGGUGGAAAUGGCUGCAGGAUAUCCAGCAAGCGGCUGAGAGGAGUGUAACAAGCAUGGAACCAGUGUACAAAGCAAUGAUUAAGGCCCUGUCCCAGGACAUGAAAGCCCAUGGGAAUCACGGGACAAUCAGUGCAUAUAUUGCCCUUUUGGAAGAGAACCAGCUCCCCGCAGAGCAGGGACAGAUUCUCCUGCGCUAUGUGGCCUGUACAGCAGACAAUGCUCCCCAUGUCCUCAACCAAGCACUGCACAGAGACAUGAAAGGUGUCAGCUUUGCAGCCAUUGACCAGGGAAAGCCAAUCUAUGUUCCAAGAGCUCAGCUCCAUGGAAACGUUCACUUCUGGAACUCUGCCCGCCUUGUGGAGGAGAAUACAGGUUCAUUCCUGGUGCUGCCCCUGUAUGAUGCUCAUUGGAGAGUUUUUGGCAUUCUAGGACUUGACACUCUUCAGGACAAGGAUGAGAAAUCUAUCUUCCAGAUACAUGAGAUCACUUUCUAUGAGGGAGUUUGCUAUGCAUUCAGCAAAGCCUACCACUACAUCUGCAUGCAGGAAAAUGUCCUACAAGUGGUUGUCACGGCUCUGGACUGGUUGUAUCCCAGGACACCCAGCAUCCAAGCUAUCACAACCUAUCUGGUGGCACCUGGCAAAGACAAGGACUGUGCUCUGUGUAAGGUGAUCACUACAGAUAACACAGGACAAAAGGAAAUCCACAGCCCUCCUGUUAUUCUCCUCAGAGAGGAAAACCUCCUCAGAGAUUACCUGUUCAAGUGCACAGAGAGUUCAGAGGUCACUCUCACUUCUGUCUAUGGAGAAUAUCACAUUGCAGUACCUCUCCAUGACCUAUCAAGACAAACUCUCGGCAUAUUUGAUAUCAGCAUCGGACAGCAGAAGAAAUUACCACUUGAGGAACAGAAAGACCUGCAGAAAAUGCUAAAGAUGGCUCAAGCUGCCUGCUCAGAGAUCCUGCAGAGGUCUUUAGAGGAAACAGAACCAACACAAGUGCUGGAGGCAGAACGUGUGGCAAAUGUGAGGCACGCAGGGAUUUUAUUCCAUCGGUUCAUGCUGCAGGAGCUGCGUGAGUGUGUCCAGAAAUUCAAUGCUCAGAGCUUUGCUGGAAUAAAGAGCUGUGCAGAACCCCCAGCUCUGGUACACGAUGUAGUUAAGGCUGUGCUGCUGCUUUUGCAUCCACACUGGAAGGACUCAGAGGAGAUUGAGAGCUGGAGUCAGUGUAAACUGAAACUUAAUGACAAUUUGAUUAAGGAGAUUUAUUGCUUUGAUCCAACUGCUUCAUCUGUGCAAGUUCAAGUAGAGCUGCUGCUGGACCUCAUAACUGAUAUCCCUCCAGCAGCAGUGUGGCAGGAGGACUCUGCUCCAGCUGAAUACCUGUACCAGUGGCUUCGCACCUGCCUGGCGCUCGCAGAGAUCACAAAGAGCCAACACACUGAAACAGAACAUCCUUAGCCCCUUUUAGCAUCCAGUUCUAGUGUGCCUCCAAUUAAAUCUCUUAAUUUCUCAUCUAACCCUUGUGAUUCUGGUGUUCACAUCUUUUAUUAAAUUAACUGUUGAUGCUCUAUUUUAUGCAUAGGCACUAGUAUUUGUUGUUAAAAUGGCUUAAAUCUGUUAGGGAUUAUUGGUUAAGAUGAUAGGGAGUCUGUUAAGGAUUAUCAAGAAAAAGCAAUAGAAACAUUAAAGGGAAGAAUUUUGUCAGUUUAAAGGUUUAAUCAAAGUAUUACAUGUUCUUACUGAUGGGAAAAUGGGAGGCAGGGACAUCUUUAUGGCUCUCAAGUUACAGUGGUCAUAAAUCACACAGCAUUAAUUUUCAAGGUUCAGGCUCCUUAAAGGACCUUUUAGGAAUAAUUUUAAAUAAAGGUUGUUAAUCAGCAUUUUGUAAUGUUCUUCUGAACACAUUGCAGAAAAGCCCAACACUAUUAGUAUAACACAAAAAGCUUUCUUAUUGGGAUAAAGCUUGAGAUUACAGCAACUGCUCUGUUUGCAGUGAGAUUUCAUCUUUCCAAUAGCAUCCCUUUUGGCAGAAUCACUUCUAAAAUAACAUUUUGGGAAAUUAAACUCCUCUUUCAGUCUUUAGCGGGAAACAAGUGUCAUAAAUAUCAAUUAUCACAUAAGUGACAGGUCGGUGAUGGCUGGGGGUAAACCACCGUGGCUCCUCAGCCCCGCAGCGGCGGCCCCGGGAGCGUCUCGGGGGCUUUUUCCCCUCAGAGCUUCUCCCUCCUCAAGAACCUUUCCCGUCACUGCCCUGAGGCGCCCUCGGCUCCCCCGCUGCUCCCCUCACGGAGCGCCCGCCAUCGCCCUUCCCUCAUCAGCACUUUCGCCCCUCGACAACGAGCUGUUAAAAAAAUCCCCCGCCGCCUCCAGCCCCCUCCGCCCGCUCUCCGCUUCCCUCCUGGAGCGGAACCGCGGCUCGGUGCCUUGAGGGUCUCCGGGGCGGGCGGGGAAAGUGCGUGGGGAGGACUCGGCCGUGAGGAAUCUGCGGCCGCG